AUGUCAUACUCUCCCCGCAAGAUCCCGCUCAAUGCAAGCGAUUCGUUGGCAGUCCCAGGAGGAUCGAAGACGAUGAGGAGGGCGUUCUUCUGCAGCGUUGUGGUUGAGAGUUCGGAGAAAGCGCGGUUGCUUGGGACUGAGAUGAGCCCCGAAAUGGAGAGGGUGGAGAACCUCCUCGCAUCCCUAGGCGAACCACUCGCAUCAAACCAAGGAUCAGUCUCGUUCAUCGUCUCCCGAUCUAGCAGUGCCCCAGCAGCAUCAUCCAUGAAUCUGGCGGUGAUGGCUCAGGGACCACCUGCCCGCAGGCGCUCGAUGACCAAUGGAACCGCCUUACAAGAUACACUCAAGGAACUUAUCACCACUGAACGGUCGUACGUCACCCGAUUGCGCAUCCUCAAGAAGGCAGGUCUGGACUAUGCUGACCAACUCCGCGCGUUUGCCAAGCGUAACGAGACUGCCAUCAUCCCCAUGUAUGAAGCCAACACGUUGUUCGGAAAUGUCGAUGCCCUCCUGCUCGCGAAUGAGUCGUUCCUGUGCGACCUGGAGACCAUGGUUUUCCAGAAUGGCUACAUCGCUGCGGAGCACACUGGCGAUAUUGCUCUGAAACACUUUCGCGAGCUGAAAACUUUCGAUUGCUACAAGCAGUAUUACGCCAAGCGGGAAGAGGCCCAGAAGAUAUUCGAGUCGCUGAUGGUCAAGAAUAAGGCGUUUGCGCAUCACAUCGAGACGAUCAAGUAUAGCGCCUCCGAUUCUCGCAACCGAGUCGGACUCCGAGAACUGUUGAUGGACCCAGUGCAGCGCAUUCCCAGAUACACGAUGAUGUUCCGAACGAUGUUGGAAAAAAUGGAUCCUACCGAUGUUCAGCGACCUAAGCUGAGUGAAGCUUGCGACUUUGCGAAUAAGGUUGCGCUAUGUGAGGCAGAUGACCCCACCAAGAAGGCGGCGAUCAUGUAUCGGCUCGAGCGUGCUAUCGAGGGGUUCCCACCUGGCCUCAUCAGCAGCAAUCGUCGUUUCAUCGACUGCAUCGACGUCGAGGAUCUGGUAACUGAGUCGCCGUCAUCUGGUUACCAGUCAUCGUCCUCAUCAGCAGCCGGGAAUCUGCCCUGUACGCUGUUCCUAUUCGAUGACACGUUAAUGAUCGUCAAACGACUGCCUUCGACACCUGGACGGUCUCUGGCUGGACUCGAUGACAUCGAGAAGGCGACUCAAAUGCCGCUUGCGAGCAAGAGCAAGGCAAAGCCCCAGAUGAGCUGCCGGGGAGUGUUGGACAUCCUGGACGUUGUCGCAACAGACCCCGGGGGAGCAAAUGUUCAUAUGUUCUUGGAGAAACCUCCCCAUGAUCAGACAGAUCGCUGGGCAGGUCGUCCCUUCCGCUCAUAUGUCGUCGUGGUCCCUCCUGCUCCGGUUGGGUAUGACCCAAUUACAACGCAAGAAAGAAAGCAGCGGUUCUUGAAUAGCCUGUGGACUUGUCAGGCAGAAUAUCGUACGCGCCAGGGUCGUUCAACCGUCCGCUAUAUGCCAGAGCGAGAAAUCGAGACCGUUCGGGGCAAGACCACAUUUGCCAAGGCAUACUUCAACGUGUAUCACCGCACUGCGUACCUGGGAGAGCCAAAGAAAGGCAAAAUCGUCCUGCAUGUUGAUCCUAGAGAGACGCAAGCAGACGACUUGCCUUUUGGGGUCGAUGGCGGACCUUACGUGAUCGUUCGUGUUCAACCCAUGGAAGGUGAUCUUGCACGUAUCCGAGUAACCACGCGUGAUCCUGCGGAGCCCAUAGAAGAGGAUAUAAUCGAAACGGCGGAGAUCCCCGCCCGGGUGAUUAACACAAUUCAACAGUACCGCCUGUUCCACUUCCAUACUGGCACCGACUCGACUCCUCACACACCGCAUUUGAAUGGAGGUACUGCCCGAUCCCGGACCGGAAUGUUCGUUCUAGAAAACCUGUUCAAUUCUCGACCUGGUUCCGUUAUGGGCGACGUAUUCGGCACGAUCAACGGCCACCACAAGCGGACAAAGUCCAGUGCGAGUCGCGUGUCUACUUUCACCGCUACCACGACAACGACGACGACGACGACAGGGACGGGCAGUUUCAAAUUUUCGUCAUCGCGUUCUACUUCCACGGCCCAGACUUCCAUAGUGGACGACGAUUCUUUCUCUUCUAGCUCACCUUCGAGGCGCAAGUCCACGAUCAAGCGCCCAAUCUCCCAAAUCAGUUCCCCUGAGGCGCGGUCGCCAGUAAAGCGUAAGGCAGUGCAGCUGGAGGAACCUGAUGAGGACCCUCACCCGCCACAUGAAGCAGAGAAGCCACACGACUCUGAAUGGGACUUGAGCAUGCGUUUGGAACUUGCCCGAAAUAACAGUCAGAAGCAGGAAUCUGUCACUGCACCACGGCAACCGAUCUCCCUUCCGUCGACCAUUAGUGAGGAGUCGUGGCAACAUGUGGAAAUCCCCAGAAUUCCAUACCCCGCGCCAGGGAACAGGGAGGUUUCAAUCAGGUCAUCGUCCACCAAUGAUUCCCGGCCUCGGUCAGCGACGCCCACUCAAGCCACAAACCGACCAAUCACACCACAGCCUCGCGGUCCGCGGUUGAGUAGACCUAGUGGUCCCAGAACGCCUAUCAACUCGCCACACCCCAGCACAGCCCCGUUGCCUACGGAAGAUCUGGAGAUGGAGAAUAUUCCUGUCGAACCUGUACCGAAUGUGCAGCCAGGGGAUCUUGAGGAUAUGCUAGCGGAUAUGACUGCCGCGACUAUUCAGCCGCCGAAGCUGACGCAGAGCGACGAUGGCACUGCAGUCGCUACGCCACCUCGGCCGAUCUUGGCACCGACUGAUGUCAACACACCUCGAGUGGAACCGCUCUCAAUUGUCAAGAAAUCUUCUGUAAAGAAUGCUUCGCCCUCCCUCGUAAGAGAAGAUCCUGGAUCCCCGACGAAAGCAAACCCUCGACAAGUGGUGCAUUCACUCGACUCGCCACCAAGAAGUACGUUACCUCAACGCAAGCACUCCGUAGAGUCUUCGAACAAGACUGGUGCUACUCGCCAUGGCUCCCAACAAGGGCGUACUCCUCGACGUGGCUCGAAGCUCAGACAUCACAAAGGAGAUGUUGUGCUGGAGGCCAACAAACUGCUGGUCAUUGCCGAAACAACCCGCGAGGAUAUGAACUCCUCGCGGCGGGCCCUGAAAAAGAUCAAACUUGAGGUCGAGGCAUUCAAGAGCAAUCUUGCCAAGCAGGUCAUGUCCAAAGAUCCUAUCAACGCCUUGAGGGACACCGGGCUCCCACGUUCACCCAAAACAAAUCACAUCUCGAACCGCUUUACUGAAGAGCGCAUGGCUGAAAUGCGACUGCUCCUUGAGCAGGGUGGACGUGGUGUCUCGGCGCGUGCAGCGGCUUUCGACACUCCUGUAAAAGCACCCGAGCUGAGCUGCAAGCCAACUGUCGAUAUCAACUUCAUUGAAGGCUGGUCCAAGAACGUCGAAAGUCUGUUGAUUCAGACCGAUGCCGGCCUGAAGAAAGCGGUAUCUCAGCAGGAAGACUUGCACAGCAAGCUCAAGAUUGUUCUUGCUGACGCGGGCGGAAAGUCUACUGAAGUUGACAAGGUCAACGCUGAGAUUGAGCAUCUCAAGAAACAAUGUGCCGUGCUCAAGAAGUUCCUUGACGAUGCCACCACUGAAAAGGAAAUCAUGUACGACGCAUUCAACGAGGAACUUGAUGGAAUGUUCAACGACGUUUCUCUGCCUGCAACUGAAGCAUGGCAAGCCAUAACGAAAGAUUUGCAGAAAGCCAAGGACUCGCGUAAUCAGCUUACAAUGCAAAACACUAAACUGCAACGGGAACUUGAGGAGACCAAGCUACAAAACGAACAUUACGAAACCUUGCUGCGCAAGGCCGGCCUGCUCUAA